AGCUUCCUCUCCCCGCCCCUUUCCUCUCAGCGCUCCGCUCGGCCGCGGCCCGACGGGAUCUUUCGAGAAGUCCCCCCGCCCCGAGGAGGCAGCGCCCGCCGCCGCCGCCGCGCAUUUAAACGGGCCGAGCCGCCGCUCCUCAAGGCGCCUCAGUCCCUUCUCCCGCCGUAGCUAUGUCGGUGGUGGGCAUCGAUUUGGGUUUCCAGAGCUGUUACGUGGCCGUGGCCCGCGCCGGCGGCAUCGAGACCAUCGCUAAUGAGUACAGCGACCGCAGCACGCCAUCAUGUAUAGCCUUUGGACCCAAGAAUCGCUCAAUUGGUGCUGCAGCUAAAAGCCAGGUGAGCGUAUAGUUUGGGUAAAAGCAACUUCAGUAGUCAAGAAUCAGAUUAGCACAAUGUAUUUUUUUUAUCAUUGAAGGUUACAAAUGUCUCUGAGCUGGUGUCCUAGUGUCUCCAUAAUUGUAAUGAACAGCUGAGCUUAAUUCAGCUGUUCAGCAUGUAAUGCUGCUUUGUCAUCUUGGACAGAAUAAGGGUUGAUGGUUGUACGUAAUGAAAGGUACAAAAGAAAAAUCUUUGCCCUUAAAUUCUGAUAAAUACUAGUGUUUUCUUUUAGGUUGCAAAUGUAAAUUCUAAAGCGAAGCAGUAGUGUUUCAUCCUACUUUAGCUUCUUCCAGUUCGUGUGCAUUAUGAUAGCUUUUAAUUAUGUGACUACAUUCUGUAGAAUUCCAUUAAGUGCAUAGUUCUGGCAGAAAGGGGACAAGCUUGAGUGUAAAUAUAUAUAGCUUUCUUGACUCUUUGUGGUUGAAUUACAACCUAAAUACUUGUCUUAGGCAUUCUUGUUCAUACUUUGAGUUUCUAUUGGUGUAGGUAGGUAAAUAUGAUUUAAGGACUGAGAAGAAGUUAAGCUGAUUUGUCCUGCUUGUGACAUUUGGGUCCUGCUGUAUUGUAUCUUGUAUUGCUGUGAAACCCCUAUGAAACAUGAUUUUUUUUUGAAGUCCUCUACAGGAAGUGACUAUUCAAACACUUGGUUUUUCUUAGCCUAAAAUACCUAGAGAUGUGUGAAGAUUCAUUAUCUAGAAUACAAAAAUGACUGGACACAACCAUGUUAUUCAAGAACAGAAGAACUGUACUAGAACUAAAUACAGAUGUUUUUUCUGGAAUUGAGUGUCUGCUUAGCUUAAAGAAAUUCAUUGAUACAGAGAUCCAGUAGAGAUGAGUUAAAUCAAGUUGACAGUAUCACGUUGGUGCCCUCCUGACUUUUUAAAGCUUCAUGACAAGGUCCUUGAGCUGUUUUGUGAUAAUAUCUGUGUGUUGGCUGUCACAUGCAUGUGAUGAACCUGAACUGGAGUUUACGUCAAUAUGCUUGUUAUAUUUGCAAAAUUACUGGCUGCAACGCAAUAGAAAGGUUAUUUCAAAUGCAAAGAAUACAGUACAAAGUUUUAAAAGAUUUCAUGGUCGUGCAUUCUCAGAUCCCUUUGUUCAAGCUGAAAAAGCAAGCCUUGCGUAUGAACUUGUCCAGCUGCCAACAGGCUCAACUGGCAUCAAGGCCAUGUACAUGGAAGAAGAAAGAAACUUUACUAUUGAACAGGUGACAGGAAUGCUUCUUACCAAAUUAAAAGAGACUGCUGAGAAUGCGCUUAAGAAGCCUGUAGUUGACUGUGUUGUUUCUGUUCCUUGUUUCUACACAGAUGCAGAAAGGAGAUCUGUGAUGGAUGCUACACAGAUUGCUGGUCUCAACUGUCUGAGACUAAUAAAUGAAACAACUGCAGUUGCCCUUGCAUAUGGAAUCUAUAAGCAAGACCUGCCUGCCUUGGAAGAGAAGCCACGGAAUGUUGUUUUUGUGGAUAUGGGGCAUUCUGCAUAUCAAGUUUCUGUUUGUGCAUUCAACAAAGGAAAACUGAAAGUUCUUGCUACAUCAUUUGAUACAACACUUGGAGGCAGGAAGUUUGAUGAGAUGUUAGUUGAAUACUUUUGUGAAGAAUUCGGAAAGAAAUAUAAACUAGACAUAAAGUCAAAGAUUCGUGCAUUGUUGAGACUAUACCAGGAAUGCGAAAAACUGAAAAAAUUGAUGAGCGCUAAUGCCUCUGAUCUUCCGAUGAACAUAGAAUGCUUCAUGAAUGACAUAGAUGUCUCUGGAACAAUGAACAGGAGCAAAUUUUUAGAGAUGUGUGAUGGACUCCUUGCAAGAGUAGAACCCCCCCUUCGCAGUGUGCUGGAGCAAGCCAAGUUAAAGAAGGAGGAUAUUUAUGCAGUAGAGAUAGUUGGUGGUACCACAAGAAUCCCUGCUGUAAAAGAGAAGAUCAGUAAAUUUUUUGGCAAAGAAGUCAGUACAACUUUGAAUGCAGAUGAGGCUGUUGCACGAGGUUGUGCGCUGCAGUGUGCUAUUUUAUCCCCGGCUUUCAAAGUGAGAGAAUUUUCUAUCACAGAUUUGAUACCGUAUCCUAUUUCUUUACGAUGGAAUUCACCAGCAGAGGAAGGGUUAAGUGACUGUGAGGUCUUUCCCAAGAACCAUGCCGCUCCAUUUUCAAAGGUCCUCACAUUCUACAGAAAGGAACCUUUUACUCUUGAGGCAUACUACAGUUCUCCCAAGGAAUUGCCUUACCCAGAUCCUGCUAUAGCUCACUUCUUGGUUCAGAAGGUCACUCCUCAAACAGAUGGAUCCAGUUCAAAAGUGAAAGUGAAAGUUAGAGUAAAUAUCCAUGGCAUCUUCAGUGUUUCAAGUGCGUCUUUAGUGGAGGUUCAUAAAUCUGAUGAGAAUGAGGAGCCUAUGGAAACAGAUCAGCAUGCAAAAGAGGAAGAGAAGAUGCAGGUAGACCAGGAAGAGCAACAAAAGCCUGAAGAACAACAGCAGGCCCAACCUGAAAAUAAGGCAGAGUCUGAAGAAAUGGAGACUUCUCAGGCUGACUCAAAAGACAAAAAAGUGGAUCAACCGCCUCAAGCCAAAAAGGCUAAAGUAAAGACGACUACAGUGGACCUUCCUAUUGAGAAUCAGUUGGUGUGGCAGAUAGGGAAAGAUAUGCUGAACUUAUUCAUUGAGAAUGAGGGUAAAAUGAUAAUGCAGGAUAAGCUAGAGAAAGAGAGGAAUGAUGCCAAGAAUGCAGUGGAAGAAUAUGUGUAUGAUAUGAGAGACAAACUCUGCGGUAUUUACGAGAAAUUUGUUAGUGAAGAUGAUCGAAAUAGUUUCACGCUGAAGCUGGAAGAUACAGAAAAUUGGCUUUAUGAAGAUGGUGAAGACCAACCCAAACAAAUUUAUAUUGAUAAAUUGACAGAAUUGAAGACUCUGGGUCAACCUAUUCAGGCAAGAUUUCAAGAAUCGGAGGAAAGACCAAAAGCAUUUGAGGACUUAGGGAAGCAAAUUCAACAGUACAUGAAAACUGUUCAUGCAUUCAAAGCAAAGGAUGAACAGUAUGACCAUCUAGAUGAAGCAGAUGUAGCAAAAGUGGAGAAGAGUGCAAAUGAAGCUAUGGAGUGGAUGAACAACAAACUUAAUCUUCAAAACAAGAGAAGUCUUACUUUGGACCCAGUUAUAAAAGCUAAAGACAUACAAGCUAAAACUAAAGAAUUGACAAGUAUUUGUAAUCCUAUAGUCACAAAACCAAAACCCAAAGUUGAACUCCCAAAGGAGGAAGAGAAACCGACUGAACCCAAUGGACCAGUAGAAGGCCAGGGAGAAGCCAACGGUGGGUCCCAGGCUGCCGAACAGAGUGCUGCUGCUGCCGCUGCCCCAACAGCCACGGAGAAGAAGCUUCCCGAAAUGGACAUUGACUGAAUUUCAGCACUUGUUUAUAUUAUUGCAAACUACAAUAAAGCUUUAAGUUGUCAACUUUGUAUGUUCUGAAUACAAAUUGAAGCAAGUGAAUACCACAGCACUCUUAGGAAUUUUUGGAGAGGUUUGGUCAAUGCAUCAAGUCAGAACGCUUAGGUAGCUAACUACUCAGUUGAAUAAGCAGUAUUUCUUACCAUUAUGAUUGUAUUUAGAAGUUUUGGUAUUCUUACUUGACCUACAGGAACAGCCAUAUGCUGGUUCUCUAUUUUUAAUGUCCAUGGUGAGUCGAUCUUAUUUUAAAGUAGUGAGACAGCACCCUCUGAAGCCAGACUGGGCACACUGUUGUUUGUUCCCUUGUGGACUGCAGCAACAGUGUUUAUAUAAAGUGCCCCUUGACACUUGCACUGCAAGAAGAUAAUGGGGGAGAGGGAGUGCUCCUGCUAAAGCAUAGUCUUUCACUUGCUCACCUUAAUCUAGCCCUUGUUUUUAGUGUUAAUGCACCACUCUAGAUUUGAUUUGCACUUGAACAGUUCAUAGUAACACAAGGUUUGCAGAGCAUCAGCACGUUUAUUCCUUAGCUGGUGCCCUUGCGUGACAGGUGACUGGGAUUCAUUGAUCUGAUAACAUAGAGUAGCAGCCACUGUGCACUCCUGCAGCUCAGACCAUGAAUGUGCUCUUAGACACGAGUGUCUGCUCCUGGCCAACUCCCCAGCUGGUUAGAGCCUGUAAACUUUUUUGUCUCUAGUGAAAUUAGCUGCUUGUAGAAAGAAUGAAUACUUGUAUUUCAGCUGCCUAUGCUGAUAGCCAAUUCUGACUUGUUCCUAACUUUUUCUGAAGGGGGUAUGCUUGCUUCCACGAGGCCUUCAUUUGGAAUGCUUGGUUUUUUUUUUUUUGUUCUGUUUUCUUUCCCAGGAAAAGAAAGACCUGAGCGAUUUGGCAUUUUUUUCUAUGAGCUUUAUACAAUGAUUUGCUUCUAGUACUGAUUGUCAUUAAACUUGCAAACAUUAAUUUGUAUGUGUUAAAACCCAAAGCUGAAACACCCAUUCAGAUAUUGCAAGAAAUAAAUGCACUGGAUUCUACUGGA